AUGGCCGAAAAGCAGGAAGUCGUUGACUACUCUCUGGCGAACCCAGAUGUACUGACCAAGUACAAGGUCGCCGCCACCAUUUCCGAGAAGGUCCUCGCCGAGGUCUCCAAGCUCUGUGUGGCUGGCGAGAAGAUUGUGACCAUCUGCCAGAAGGGUGACAAGCUCAUCGAGGAGGAGAUUGCCAAGGUCUACCGUACAACCAAGCACAAGGGCCAGUCUCACCCCACAACGGUCUCGCCUUCGAGCUUUGUGACCCCCUACACUCCCCUGGCGUCCGAUCCCGUCGAGUCUGCCGUCGAACUCAAGGAGGGUGAGCUUGUCAAGAUUCAGCUUGGUGCCCAAAUCGACGGCUUUGGCUCUAUCGUUUGCGACACCAUCGUCGUGGGCGCGUCCGAUGUCGUCACUGGCCGCUCUGCGGACCUGAUCCUUGCCACUCACUAUGCCAACGAGCUCCUUCUGCGCCUGAUGGUGCCCCCCGGCACCCUGGCCUCCGGCACUGAUGAGGAGAAGGCCAAGGCUGCCGCCGUCAAGCCCCCUACUCAGACCAAGAUCACAUCCCUUCUCGAGAAGGUCGCCAGUGCCUAUGAGUGCAGCAUUGUCGAGAGCACCACAUCGUGGGUGUUUGAGCGCAACGAGAUCGAGGGCAAGAAGAAGAUUGUCAUUGCCCCUGGCGAGGGUGGCAAGGGCGAUGGUACCCCCGAGCUGGGCGAGGUCUGGGGUGUCGAGAUGGGCCUCAGUUUGUCGGACUCUGGAAAGGUCAAGAACCUCGAGCAGCGCGCUACCCUGCACCGCCGGAGUGCCAACACCUACAUCCUCAAGUCUCAGAACGCUCGCAAGACUCUCUCCACCAUUCAGAACAAGUACGGCCACUUCCCCUUCAGCUUGAGACAGCUCGAGGAGGAGGGAGGUGACACCAAGUUCAAGGCUGGUGUCUUUGAUGGUGUUCGUUCCAACGUGCUGCGCCAGUAUGAGGUCGUCGGUGACAAGGAGGGUGCUCCUGUCGCCCGUCUGCUGACCACUCUGGCUAUCACCAAGAAUGGUGUCACUAAGCUUGGUGCCCCGCCCGCCUUGGACCUCAGCAAGUACCAGUCUGAUAAGAAGAUUGAGGACGAGGAGAUCCUCAAGAUUCUUGAGCAGCCGCUGUCGAGAAACAAGGGCAAGAGCAAGAACAAGAAGAAGAAGACCGCCAAGAAGGACGGCCAGGCUGAGGAGAACGCUGAUGAGGAAUAA